CGGCAGCAAUGAGGGAUGAGACUGGAAAGAGCGAUUCAAAUAAGCCAAAGAGACUCUCCACAGGUGAAUUUCCACCGCUGCUCUGUGUGUCGGGAGACAUCUGAGGGACAGAAAGAUUUGACCGAGGACGGAGAGUCUCUGUUGACUCCACAGACUCAGGCUCCAGCAGCCUCCCUCACCUCCCGUCAGGCCAGUGAAGUGCUGCCUCCCGAUCCAGCAGAGAUGGCUCCCACCCUGGCCACUGCUUUCUCCCGCCGCUGGUGGAUGGCGGUGACGGCGGUCAUAGAGAACUUGCUUUUCUCUGCUGUGCUGCUGGGCUGGGGAUCCCUGCUCAUCAUGCUCAAGUCUGAGGGCUUCUACUCCUACCUGUGCAGAGGACUGGAAAACAGCUCACGCCUCAACUUCUCCAACAUGUCCGCGCCUCCUGAUUCGGAGGAGUACCUGGACAUGAAUGGCUGGCCCAUCUGUAAGGACCAGGACGAAAUGCUGAACCUGGCAUUCACUGUGGGCUCCUUCCUGCUGUCUGCCAUCACCCUGCCCAUGGGCAUUGUCAUGGACAAAUAUGGUCCACGGAAGCUACGACUUCUGGGAAGUGCCUGCUUUGCCUUCUCCUGCCUCCUCAUCGCCUACGGUGCCAGUGAUCCCAACAAUCUGUCCAUCCUGAUCUUCUUUGCUUUGGCGAUGAAUGGGUUUGGAGGCAUGUGCAUGACCUUCACUUCUCUGACGCUCCCCAACAUGUUUGGAGACCUGAGGUCGACCUUUAUUGCUCUGAUGAUUGGAUCCUACGCCUCCUCUGCUGUCACGUUCCCCGGCAUCAAGGUGAUCUAUGAUCUGGGUGCCACCUUCAUCACUAUCCUGGUGGUUUGGGCCGCCUGCGCCUGCCUCGUCUUCCUCAACUGCUUCGUCAACUGGCCUCUUGAGCCCUUCCCCGGCCCAGAGGACAUGGACUUCACGGUGAAGAUCAAGUUCAGCUGGCUGGGCUUUGACCACAAGAUCACAGGGAAGCAGUUUUAUCGGCAGGUUACCACCGUGGGGCGCCGUCUCAGUGUCGGCAACUCCAUGAAGCAGCCGAACCAGCCACCCAGAGACCUGGCCACUCAGGAGGCCAGCAAGCUGUGCCUGUCCACCGUCGACCUGGAUGUGACGUGCAAGGCCAAGGAGGAGACUCAGUCCUUCAUGAAGAGUGUCUUGAGUCCCAUCUUCUUGCUGAGCCUCAUCACCAUGUGUGUGACCCAGCUGCGCCUCAUCUUCUACAUGGGAGCCAUGAACACCAUCCUGGAGUCUCUGACAGAGGGCGACCUCAGCACAGUGAGUGUCUACACGUCCAUCUUUGGCGUGCUCCAGCUUCUGUGUCUGGUCACCUCCCCUGUGAUCGGCUACGUCAUGGACUGGAAACUCAAAGACUGUGAGGAAGAGAAUGACAAGGGCGCCAAGAGGGAGCCCGGUCAGCCCCGCCGCCCCGACAAACAGAUUCAGAAGAUUGUCAACGCCACCAGAGCCUUUAUCUUCACCAACCUACUCCUUGUUGGCUUUGGAUUCACCUGUAUCAUCUCCAACCUGCCACUCCAGAUUCUGUCUUUUAUCCUGCACACUAUUGUCAGAGGCUUCAUCCACUCUGCAGUCGGAGGCCUCUAUGCUGCUGUGUACCCAUCCUCUCAGUUUGGCAGCCUGACAGGCAUGCAGUCUCUGAUCAGCGCGUUGUUUGCCCUGCUCCAGCAGCCUCUGUUCAUGGCCAUGGUGGGACCCCUGGAGGGAGACCCUCUGUGGGUUAACGUGGGCCUGUUAGUGCUGAGCAUGCUGGGAUUCUGCCUGCCCUGCUACCUGAUAUUCCAUAGCCGCCACCUCCAGCGCCUCAGAGACGAGCGUGACGAAGAUCCCAAGAUCUAUGUCAAAAUUAACGACGGCAGCAAGCCCGAGGCCUUUGUCUAGACCGGGAGGAGGAACGGAGAGGAAAAAGAUUUUCUUUAAACUGGAGAAGGCGAGCUACACUAAAAAGAGAAGGACAGAGAUAAGAAGAGACGGGAGGGGAGAGUGGUUGUGUGACACAUGUGAUGAAUUCCUCCACCCUGUCCUGCCUAACACCACUUGCAGUGCAUCUGCAUUCAGGCGACUCACUCAUCCCUUACAUUCCCAAUACACACACUUUCACUCACACCAUUUUACUGCCAUGCCAUGUACGUGGUCACAUAUGACUGCACGCAAUUGUGACACCCAGUUUCACCCUCUCUGGUACGACACACUUUGAGAAUCCUGACACACACGCCUCUUCAAGCCCCAUGGAGAGCUCCCACUCCCUCACCUGCAUCUCUGAACCGGGAGGAAAAUAGACUACUGGGAGAAAGAAGCAGUGACUCCUCUACACAUCUUAUCUUCACUCGUCAUUCGACUUUUUUUUCUCUCGCUCGAGAAAAAGAAGAAGAUGAUGCGGAAAGCCGCAGUGAGGAGAUUUUGGGGGAGGCGAUUGUAAAAAACAAACAACAACAACAAAAAAAAAUCCCCGUGAUAAGAGUUGUGAAAAUGUACAGCAGUAACCAUGAAGACCUUUGCUUUCUGAUUGGUCCAGGUUUGUCUGGGGUGCCGUUCACCCAGUGGUCUCUCUCAGACAGCACAACCAGUGUUUAAUGGGGCUGCACACACACACACACACACACACACACACACACCCCCUCAUCAUGGCAUCUCUGCUUCCUCUUGUGGUCGAGGGCAUUAAUUGAAUAAGACGAAUCCACGACAGCAGUAUUGGUAGCAGUUUGGAUUGAAACACACAGUAUGAUGGCUUUUAAAUCAGCACAUGAUGCACAGAUAAGUUAGGCAAGAAAACACUGCAGCAUCUCUGCGUGAGCGUCACAGAAUCCAAAACUACAGGGCACGAUGCCAGAGACAGUGCUGGCCCUGUAUUAUUGUUUCACUCAGUCACUAGUGCGGGGAUACACGCUCAACUUGCCAUGUUUUUUGGUUUUCCUCAUGAAUUCCUUUGGUGUGUUUGAAAUAUUGUUGGGUUUUUCCAAGUGUAUUUACUUGCAAUAUGGUCACAGAUGUGUUGAUAAAUCUUUGUUCCCUAAACAUGAACUGACGAUGUGGAGGAGGGACUGUGUUUAGAGUAGGUGGACGGGACAAAGAUAUAUUAGAUAUAUUAGUGUUUUUAAAGUGGCGUAGAGGCGGAGCCCUGCGUUAUUCUACUCACUACACACAUGAAUUUGGAGUUUCCGUUCGUCUUAGCAAUAAGUGGGUCUGCAAGGUGCUGGGCAACGUGUUGACACCCAGUCACACACACAGACAGGCAAAUGUGUGCAUUUUAUGGACUGUAUUUGAAAAUCAAAAAGGUGCUAGUUGAAUCAUAGAAAUGUGUUGUUGUUUUGCGUUUUUGCUUUAAGGGGCAGUUGAGGUCAUUUUACCACAAAGGCAACAAAUUGCAAAUUACAAAAGCUGUUUCUUUAUUCUUCGGCGCAGUGGGGUCCAAAGAACCAAUCAAGUUACCAUUUGAAAUUACUACUUUGCUCUCAGUUUCUUGUCAGUUUUCUGGCAAUUCUGCACCAUAACACAACCUGUAACCACAGCAGCAGCUCUGGGAAACCUUAUUUCACCUCUUACAGACAUAAAGGGAGAUUUGCUUGAAGGUAGCAGGCUGAUAAAAACACAUUCCUCCAGUUUCUGAUUUAAAAAAAGCGCAGUGUGAUGAGAGUCAAUGCAGUAUAGGGAGAUAAUAACUGCUGUUUGAUUCAGCCUGCUGUCUUCAAAUACCAUACAGUGGAACUCCUUAGAUUUUUCCUGCCUGGCAGUAACUCAGAGGCACAUCCAAAGACAGCCAUGACCCUCAGAGUGCCUCUCUGUGUGUACAGAUGAUGGGAGGAGUGGAUCCAGGCAGGAUGUAGCGCACCCAGUCCCUUUCUCCCUCCAACUAUCCAUCUAUCCAUCUAUCUAGCGCUUUCAUCCACCCAGCUGUCUACAAACACGUCUUGAAAUGUUUACUGAUGAAAGGUGAAAGAACGGAGAGACAAGCCUUUGCUGCUAUCAGAUGUUCCCAGUGAACGACUAAGUGAGAAAUGAAUGGCACAUGAUGCACUUUAGACCUCUAGAAAUGGACCUCAGUCAUGUAUUUCUGAACGGCCUGUAUCGUACACGCAGUGCAUGGCUGCUUACUAGUGGUGCAUGAUGCAAAGAAUGUAUACUCAGAGCUUCAGAUGUAGAUUUUUAAUUCAGGGUAUGGGAAUGGAAAGAUGCUGUUAUUUUUUUAUAUUCACAGAAAAGUAUUGCUUCACAUGUUCAUUAUAUGGCCUUUAUGUCCCCCGACAGUGCAGCGGAGUCUUGUCUCUCAGUUCAGGAACUUUCACUGUACUCUACACAUGUUCAUCCUUACUAAAUUGCAUGAGUUUGUUAUCUGUAAAGGGGCAAAGAGAAUUGUAUGGAAUAAAAUUGGUGCAGAAAUUAUUUUUAACUGUUGUUCGUUAGAUGACAAAUGUGAAUACACUUAUGUAAAGUGGGAAAGAAAUGUACAUUUAUAAUAUAAUGCAUAGAAAACUAAUAUCACAUUUGUGCAUUUCUAUGCAAGUCAAACUGAAUGUUGUCUAAUGCACACCUGGUAGACAGGUGCAUUGUACUAGAGCUCGUGAAGGAGCUGCGUGUUGUUGCAUUGUUUGUAAAAAAAUAAUUAAAAAAAAAAAUACUUGUGAGAAACAACAAUGUAAAUUUGUGCAUAGAAAUGUACAAAUUUAUUUGCAGUGCACAUAUCUUUAUUAUAAGUGCACAAUUUCUGUUUCCCCUUCAUAAAACCUUAUUCACAUUUGCCAUUCGUCUAACACACACGUAAUAAUUAUGGCACUUAUUUAACUCCAUAGCUGGAAUCUCUUAGUGGGCUGGUGUCUGUAACUAGUACUCCUGAUUGACACUGAGUUUUCAUUUGCCUGGUAACCCAUGGUGAGCUCACUCUGUGGCUGAAAGUAAAUUUAGCUCAUUUACAGACCAUCUGUCUUAAGCCACAAACUUCUGUGAAUUUAAACAUGUAACAUUAUUGAUUGCAACAGCAAUGAUUGAGCCUGGGUGUGUGAUUGAUGAGUUACUGGGUGAAAUCUUCAUUCCCUCAAAAUGGGAAACUAAUCAGAACUUUCCUUCACUGCCAUACCUUAAACAACUCGCCCUGUACUCAAUGCCAUCACCAUGCUGCUCUAAGCCCAACCUCAUAUAGGGAUUCAGCAGUACUUUGGUUUAUUGAUGGAUGUGUUAGUUAAUUGUUUAUUCUCUGAAGAUGAAUCCUAGCGUCAGCUUGUGCUUUUAUGGUUGUUUUUAUGGUCUGAUAAUAGGUUAUGAAGAUUUCAGCUGUAACAGACACCCCCCCCCCCCCCCCCCGGCAUUUACCAUUGUAUUUUCUUUUUCUCCAACCUUUUUGCUCCAUUUUAAUUUUGUUUUCUUUUAUUAAGCUCUUGUUUCUCUGAUGUUUACGAGAAUGUGUCUUUUCAUGGUUUUGUAUUGUACAUUCGGUUUUCUUUCAUCUUGUACGACAGUAUAGCCAUCGACAUUUUAAAGUCAUGUUAUUUCAACUGAAAGGAGAAAAAAAAGAUCAAUAUAUGAAGCAAAAUAAACACAAUCAUUUGUACA